AUGGCGGAACUGACAAUUAAUGAUAGUCGACGCGCCUUCCAGGCCCAGUUCCGGCGCUGGGACUUCCCGCUCAAAACAAAGAGCCGCUGCCAAGAUGACCGGCUCCUAGGCCGGAUCAAGGAGCUGUGGGAGCAGAACUUCUCCCCCAACGAGAUGAUCAAAAUACUUGUUGAUGAAGGCUUUGACGCGGGUCCGCAUGAAAUAAUGAAGCUCCGUCUAAAGAAUAGAUGGCUGUUUCGCGGUCCUAAUAAUGAAAAAGCAAAGGCUAUCGAUACAUCUACCACUAAUUCCAAUGAUGAGCUUCAAUUACCGGAGAAUCUGGAACCUUCUGCUUUGCUAGAUGCGGGCGAGAGUACCUUAUCUCUGCAACACGGCGAGCAAGGGCAGGGGGAACGGGGAGUGGAUAGAGAAGACGAACGAGAGGCCGAUGCUGAAGACGCUGAUGAAGGCGUAUCAAAUCAUGCUCUUUCGACGCCCUCGCCUGGAAUCGGACUUGACGAUGAUGCGAACGCCACUGAGUCGGCGCAGCACCAAGCUGACAAGAACAAGAAGAAACGAAAUCGGUUCAAGACGGACGCCUCUGGAGCCAUCGUACGGUUUCCUUCAGAAAUGACGAUUGACGAUGCUCGAAGCAAGUUGGGUCUGGACAAGCCUACCUAUCGUUCACUCCGUGUUGCAUUUCAAAACAUCUGUACGGCCAUGGACGUCAGCAAAAAAUCUGCCGGAUCUGAGAAAUGGGAAGCUGCCAAGACACGUCUUUUGCACAUAAAACCCGAGCUGUACCACAAGCUGUGGACGCCCGAAGAUGAAUUGGAAUCCAAGCAGGCAGCAUUGGAUGUCAUCUGUACAGACAUUGCGAAAAGGAUGCGCUCCAUGGAUUCUAAAAUGAGUGUAGCAGAAGUCAAGAAUGCCCUAGGAAUAAAUCCCCAAGAAGCAAGAGAUGCCCGCGUUGCUUUCAACGAGGUGCUGAUCGAAGCCGGGUUUACCACAAAACUUGACUCCACGCCUACAGCUCAGCAAUGGGACGACUUGAGAAGGCUAUGGGGUAGCCGGUCAGAUGUGAUCCAGAAGAUUCUGGACGACAUAGACAGUGAUCCAAGUAACCGUCUUAAAGUCAAAGCUCUCGACGUACUAUCCCGGGAUACCUUGAAACGACUACGCGACAAUCGAGCCAGCAGAAGCCCGAAAAAACAGGCACAGCUUGACCGAAUUGAGCUAGACAUGAGCCAGUUCCCUAAUGAUUUGGACACCAACCAUGAUGAUACUGGCCUUCUACUCGGCCCGCGACUAUCCGCUGGUCAGAUAGAUCUGGGAGAUGGCUUAUCCCCAAACGCACUUGACGAUGUGUCUGACGCCUCAUAUACUCCUCAAGCUAUAUUGAGUCCCGACAACAGUGGCGCUAUAACGCCUUAUUUACCUCUAUCUCUGCAGCCAUCGCACGUGGUUGGGGGUUCUUUGGAUGCUCCCACUGCCGCUCUACGCCCGCAAGCCCCUCCCUUGACUACUCCGCAAAUGUUCAAUUCCGGAGACACCCCCAACGUGCACUUGGACUCGACGGUUGGACAGCCAUUGUUACUGGAUUCGAAUGCUGGCACGGGCUUCCUAAACGAGUCAUAUGUAGCUCCUCCAUAUGGCACUACACACCCCGCGGCGCAGUUAUUUCACCAUAAUCCUCCAAUAUCGACGGCAUACGCCGUGUAUUUCCGAAUGCAUCCAUCAUCAACCUUUAUUCCUAGCGAGCCGUUAUGGAUAGCUACUAUGAGCUCCAAAUCAGUGCAGGAGCUGCGACAAGCUGCGACAGACAAGCUGCCAGGAGCGGCUUGUGUUAGGAUUGAAGGCGUUGUGAAGGAUAGCAAUGGCGGCGAGAUACCAUUGGUGAUUAACAAUGAUGAGCAUCUCGCUGCUUUCUUCACCUAUACCCUCGGAGAGACACCGACAUUCAGCGUUCUACUGGUGUGGAAAACUGGCGAUGCUGGCCGUUUCUAA